AAGACGAAAAUCAGCCUUGGCUCUGUGGUGAUUUCUUCAGUCUGGCAGAUGUAUCACUUGCUGUCACGUUACAUCGCCUGAAGUUUCUGGGAUUAGCAAGAAGAAACUGGGGAAAUGGAAAGCGGCCCAACUUGGAAGCCUAUUAUGAGCGUGUCCUGAAGAGAAAAACAUUUUAUAAAGUUUUAGGACACGUCAACAAUAUAUUAAUCUCGGCCGUGCUGCCAACGGCAUUCCGUGUGGCCAAGAAAAGGGCACCCAGGGUUCUUGGCACCACCCUGCUGGUCAGCAUGCUGGUGGGAAUGGGUUAUCUUGCUUUCAUGUGUCUUCGGAAGAGGUUUGCGAACAUGAUGUUAUCGAUUAGAACCAGGCAAAAUUAUUUUUAG